UGCGUUAUGGAAACAAUAUAGAUUCUUUAUUUUUUACGUGCCAAUACUAUAGCAACACCCUUGCAUUGAGCUGUAGUUAACAUAGAGACUGUAUCACACUGAAACUUAUCUCUAUCCGUCCCUUGAGCUUCGAGACCCUCACACGUCUAACGUCUGGAUACUGGUACUUUCUAUCAUCAUCAUCAUCAUCAAUCUUAAAGAACUUUGAAUCAUCAUGGGCGAAUGGAAGCAUGGUACAUUUGGUUGCUUUGAUAAUUUCGGGAUCUGCAUCAUCACGUAUUUAGUGCCCUGUUACACGGCUGGUAAGAAUGCAGAGGCGAAUGGUGAAAGCUGUAUUCUCUAUGGAUGUCUGUCCAUGUUGGGAUGUAUUGGACUCUGGUCAAUGACCAGCAUCAGAGGAAAGACUAGGGCCGCCAAAGGAAUUGACGGUUCGUGUAUCAACGAUCUGCUGUGUAUCUGGUUCUGCACCUUGUGUGCCUUGGUCCAAGAAAGCCAGGAAUGGGACAAUGGUGGCCAGGCUAUGGCACGUGAAUAAUCGCUCAGCCUUCUUCUCCUGUUCUUUAAUGUUAACCAACAAUAUAAGUCACCUUGGUCUUCUCAUGAGAUCCUAACCAUCCAUACAGCAAUGGACCAUCCAACCGAGGACCAUGGUCAAACCAGUCAAUCCACACUGGCCUUUUAAUCAUGGGAGUAUCAGAAAGCAGGGAUGAAACGGAAAUGAUGCAAUCUUCAUCUAACUACUAUUAAUGCAACCACCUGCUUGAAAAUAUUAAGCAUUGCUCGAAAAUUCAUUAGCUUGUCAACCUAUCCUAUCUCUCGUGUAGAAAUAAAACGUACACAUGAACACCAAACCUUCAAAAAAGAUUGCUGAAUUAUUGUCAUGUGGCCUACUGAUGUGUAGGCCUACUGACGAACUACUGCAACGAAAUAAAGUAAUACAACAUUGAGGC